GCGAACGGGGUGGGGGUUCCCCUCCGGCGUUUUCAGCUUCCCUCCGCGCAUUGUCCUGUGCUUCCUGCCGCCUGCGCCUGCGGUCUCGCCUGGUGCUGCUCGGGCCCCAGCGUGCUUGCAAAGCCCAAACCCGGCCACUUCUCCAGCAGCAUGGGGGGCUCGGCCACAGGGGGCACCCCCUCCCAUGGCAGCUUGGUCUAGAGAGCUCCCCUGCAGCGCUACCAGAGAAGGGAUGCCCCGGGCGACUGGGGCCGCGUCAUCUGGAGGGGGCGUGUGGCGGGCAAGGGGGCUCCUGCUGACCAUCCGUUUCUCCCCCGCCAGCCAGCCGCCUGUCUUCACCUGCUGCUCCGGCUGGAAGCAAGAGGGCCGCGAAUGCCCCACUGCGCUGUGCGAAGGGGACGAGGCCUGCCGUGGGGACGAGGUGUGUGUCCGGCCGGGCGUGUGCCGCUGCCGGCCAGGCUUCUUCGGGGCCGGCUGUGCCACACGCUGCCCCGGCCAGUUCUGGGGGCCCGACUGCAAGGAGAGCUGCCACUGCCACCCCGAUGGGACGUGUGACCCCGCCGGAGGAACCUGCAGCUGCCACCCGGGCCGCUGGGGGCCGCUCUGCCAGUUCGCCUGCGCCUGUGGCCCCCGCGGCCACUGCGACCCGCUCUCGGGGGCCUGCCGCUGCCGGCCGGGCUGGUGGGGACCCGAGUGCCGGCGGCAGUGCCUGUGCGACCAGGCCGGCUCCCGCUGCGACCCGGGCACGGGCCGCUGCCUCUGCCACCGAGGCCGCUGGGGCCGGCGAUGCUCCUUCGCCUGCAGCUGCAACGGCUCCCCCUGCGCCCAGCAGAGCGGCCGCUGCGAGUGUCGCUCAGGGCUGUGGGGGGCCGCCUGCCAGAACCCCUGCCAGUGCCGGCAUGGGACCUGCGCCCCGCAGGACGGGCGCUGCGCCUGCGACGCCGGCUACCGGGGCCCCAGCUGCUCGGAGCCCUGCCCGGCCGGGAGCUUCGGGCCCCGCUGCAAGAGCCGGUGUGGCCACUGCAAGGACCCGUCCUCCUGCUCCCCGGUGAACGGAUCCUGUCCAGAGUGUGAACCCGGCUGGAUGGGGGCCGACUGCCAGCGGCUUUGCCCCCCGGGCCGCCAUGGGGAGAACUGCAGCCAGCCCUGCCCCCGCUGCUUCCGAGGGGAGCCCUGUCACCCGGAGACGGGCGCCUGCCAGAGCUGCGAAGCUGGCCUGCAAGGGCCCAGAUGCGAGGACCCCUGCCCUGCGGGACUCUUUGGGGCCGGCUGCCAGUUCCGCUGCCCCGACUGUGCCAACGGGAGCUGCGACCCAGCCUCUGGGGCGUGCGUCUGCCAGGCCGGGUUCUGGGGCGCCAGCUGCAACCGGACCUGCCCUGCCGGCCUGCACGGCCCCAACUGCUCAGCGCCCUGCCAGUGCCCAGGGGGCGCAUGCCACCCCGCCUCGGGGGCCUGCCAGGGGGGAGCCCGGCUCCAAGGGGCGCUCCUCCCGGCCAUCCUGGUCCCUCUGCUGCUGCUCCUGCUGCUCGGCCUCGCCUGCUACUGCUGCUGCUGCUCCAAGCCGGCCCUGGCGGACCCCGGCAGCAGGGCGGCAGCGGUGGCGGAGGGGGACCCGCUUGCCCGGGCGAAGCGCCACGUGCUGGGGACGCUGGCCGAUCUCCGUGCCGCCUCGCCUUGCUUCUCCCUGGGGAGCUACCGGGUGCCGGGAGUCACAGUCUCCCACCACGACACCGAGAUGCCCUUCAACCCCAGCUUCAUCGAGCCCCCCUCGGCCGCCUGGCCCUCCGACAGCUCCUUCGACACCGAUGAGGACGAGGAGGGGGGCUCGGCUUGCCCCCUCCCUGCCGGCGAAGACCCGGAGCGCCAGACGGGCUUCCUGCCGGAGGUGCGGCCCCCGAGCCCGGAGCCCUUCUCCAUCCCUCGCACCUCCAGCGUGGCCAAGGCCAAGCGGCCCUCGGUGUCCUUCGCGGAGGGGACUCGCUUCGGCCCACAGAGCCCCAGGCACUCCGUGGAGGCCCCCACCACCCCGCACGAUGCCCUGGGCAGCUGCUACGAGAACGUGGAGGCCAGAGGCUGGGCGGACGAGAGCCCCCGGGGGGGCCUGUGCCACACCCCCGCCGGCCACCGGAAGGGCACCGCCGGCUCCCGCCUCGUGGCCCAGAGGGUGGAGGCCCUCGAGGCGACCACCAGAGCCCACGGCCACGAGCCCAGCAGCGUCACCACCAUCUACGUUGCCGUGGGCAAGGCCGGGCCGGGCGGCGAGGGCCCUGUGCAGGCGCUCCUGCAGCGCCUGGGCAGCCUGCGGAGAGCCAGGCCCGUCUCCCGGGAGGAGCCCCGGCCAAGAAGGCCCCCCGAGGGCCUCCAGAGGGCACCGUGGGGGGCGCCUGCCUCGCACCGGCUGCAGCCCCCUGGCCUCAGCCCCUCGCCCGACGUGGCGGAGUUGGAGGCGGGGGGCCAGGGCCCCCUGGGAGGCGCACCGGCCCCUGUGGGUGAGGGACCUGGGGAGAGCGGCGGUGCCCAGGCUUCCCCAAGCCCCAGCCAGCUGGAGAUGCAGGCCGGAGGGCUGGACUCCGAGGAGGGGCAGGAGCCCCAGUACGAGAACGUUUGCCGCUGGUCCGGCUCUCCGUAGCCCCCAAGACGCCGGAGGAAGGGCACGCGGAGGUGUGGGGAGACCCCACCGGAGUGGGCGGGCUCCGUCCGCAGCGCUGCUGCCAAAGUGACCGGGCCCGUCAUUCCUCCACCGGCAGAAGGUGGGCUUCCCUUGGACUUCUCCGCUCUUCUGAGUGCCCCGCGGCUGCCGGGUCCGCCCUGUGUCGUCGACGGGCCCCGGCAGGCCUCUGCCCCGGCAUAAAUGUCCGUGCAGCCGAUUUCCUCGUUGCCAAAAGAGGGAACGUGCCGGACUGGAUCGGAAGAGCCGUCGGAGGGGUUCCCCCGUGAAGCCCCAGCCCUCCCGGAGGCACCUCCGCCCCACAGCAGUGGGCUCUCGUUCUUAAUAAACAGACAGCUCAGCUCA